AUGAGUACUCGAAAUCGAUAUACUUCAAAUAUUACAAGCAAUCAUUCAUGUUAUACUUGUACAGAACGAGUUGUUGGUUAUACUGAGCAUCCAGGUUCAUGUAAAUAUCUUAAUAUAAGUUCUCCAGUAGCAUCAACUUAUAUAAAAGAAUGUAGUAUUAGUGGUAAUGAUAAUAUUAAUGAAUAUGAAUGUCGAAAAUUAGUCAUUAGUUAUCGUUCUGUUGAAACAUUUUUACGUCGUGAUUGUGUACCAAAAGGUUUAUGUUCAUGGAAAGAUAAAACUCAAUCAAUGAUAAAUACACCAGUGUAUGAUUGUGUUUAUACUGAUGAACAAACACAAAAACUUGAAUGUAUUUAUUGUUGUGAUACAUCAUUAUGUAAUCGAACAAUUUUACAUCGUAUGACAAAUCAAUUUAUUAUUUGUUUAUUAUUCCUUAGUUAUAGAAACUUGAUUUUAUUCUAA